AAAGAAAAAAAAAAAACCGCGCAAUCCAGUGAAUUCUACAGACUGCAGUACCUUUCUUCUUCUAGGGUUUUAGGAACCAAUCUCAGAGGCUUACCUCAACAUGGCUCCCGAUGCUUCAGACGCUCUCGCAGUGAGGCAGAUAGUUCAACAAUUUCUCAACGCCUCUCGUACGGGAAACAUUGAUCUCAUGAAGAAUUUGGCUGCUAGGCUUGACGAUGGGAAGGGAUUGUCGGGAACUGUGGCUGACAUUAAGGACGCUAAUAAGCGAGGAGCACUUCAUUUCGCGGCAAGAGAAGGAAAGACUGAGGUCUGCAAGUAUCUGCUAGAGGAAUUGAAGCUCGAUGUUGAUACAAGAGAUGAAGAUGGUGAAACACCACUUAUUCAUGCUGCUCGACAAGGACAUACUGAUACUGCAAGAUACCUUAUUGAGAGUGGUGCUAAUCCUGCAAUAGCAAGUGACUUAGGGGCCACAGCUCUUCAUCAUUCUGCAGGCAUUGGAAAUAUUGAGCUGCUAAAGUUUUUACUCUCAAGAGGUCCUGAUGUUAACUCCCAGAGUGAUGCCGGCUCCCCUUUGAUUUGGGCUGCUGGUCAUGCCCAACAGGAAGCUGUAAAACUGCUCCUUGAGCACCACGCUAAUCCCAAUGCUGAAACUGACGAUGAUAUUACCCCCCUAUUGUCAGCAGUGGCUGCUGGUUCUCUGGCUUGCUUGGAUUUAUUGAUUCAGGCAGGUGCUAAAGUAAAUAUCAGUGCUGGUGGAGCAACCCCUCUUCAUAUUGCUGCUGAUAGUGGGAACCUUGAAAUUAUCAAUAGUUUGUUACAAGCUGGGGCCGAUCCUAAUGCCAUUGAUGAGGAUGGGCUAAAGCCAGUACAGGUUGCAGCAGCCAGAGGUAAUCGGGCAGCUGUUGAGAUUCUUCUUCCCUUGACUUCAGCAGUUGAGGCAAUUCCUAAUUGGACCACUGAUGGAAUACUCGAGUAUAUGCAGAAUGAAAUCAACAAAGAUCGAGAAAGUUCUAGAAAUCUGGAGGAGGUUAAUAAACAUAAAGACUCCACAGCAGGAGAGCAAGGUUUGCCUGAGGUGUCACCUGAAGCAAAGAAGAAAGCCGCAGAGGCCAAAUCUAGAGGGGAUGAUGCUUUCAAUACAAAGGAUUUUCAGACAGCGGUAGAUGCUUAUACGCAGGCCAUCGACCUGGAUCCAACUGAUGGUACAUUGUUUUCCAACCGAAGCCUUUGUUGGAUACGGUUAGGUCAAGCUGAGCAGGCCUUAGCAGAUGCAAGAGCCUGUAGAGCAUUGAAACCAGAUUGGCCCAAGGCUUGCUAUCGAGAAGGUGCAGCUUUACGUUUAUUGCAGAGGUUUGAAGAAGCAGCAAACUCUUUCUACGAGGGUGUCCAGCUUGAUCCUAACAAUAUGGCAUUGGUCAAUGCUUUCAGGGAAGCAGUUGAAGCAGGCAGAAAGUUUCAUGGCACAGAUAAACAAAAACCAUAAUCCAGCGUCUAUGGCUGAUUCUUUAGAUGAUCAGAUCUGGUGCUGGCGAGGAUCCAUUUUUCUACUUCUGCCUGUCUUCCCUGUAAUUUAUUUCCUUUUGGGGUGGGCGUAAGAUACAGUAAUGAUAGUGUUGAUUUUGAUAGAGAGAAGUUGAGGUGUGGAAUUCACGAACAACUUAAAGUGACUGUUUUCUUUUUAUUAUUCAAUUUAUUUGAUAUUGUAUCAGUGCUAAUUUAA